AUGGAACAAUACUUACGACAGCGUAUUGAUUGUCCACCACCAGGUGGUACACGUACAUUAAUUGAAGAAAAAGAUAGUAUUAUUAAGAAACAACAAGAUGAAUUAAAUAAACUUCAAGCUCAAUUAAAAACAAUACAAGCUGAACGUGAUUAUUUACUUUCAUUACUUUCUAAUGAACAACAAUUAAAUAUUAAUAAUAAUAAUAAUAAUAAUAAUAAUAAUAAUAAUAAUAUUUCUCAACAAUCAAUAACAAAAAUGACAAAUCUUAUUGAUACUCGAUCAUCAUCAUCAUCAUCAUCUACAACAACAACAAUAACAAAUUGUCCAAUAAAUGCUUACGAACUUUCACAAGAGCUUCAAGAUAAACAAAUUGAAAUGCUUGAAAAAAAAUAUGGUGGUAGUUUACGAUGUCGUCAUGCCGCUACAAUAAUUCAACGUGCUUAUAGACAAUAUAAAUUACAACAAAAUUUUCGUCAUUUAUGUGCUACAAUGAAAACAAAUAAACGUUUAUCAUGUACAUUUAUUGAUAAUAAUAAUACAUAUAGUAAUAAUCAAAUUCAAACAAUAAAACCUUUAAAACCAUGUUUACGAACAACAAUAAAAAAAUCUUCAUUACCAACACAUACUGAAGAUAUAUUAAAUAUUUCAACAAGUUCAUCAUCAUCAUCCAAUACACCAACAAAUUCUGAUUCAUUAUCAUUGAAUUUUACUGAUCGCCAUCUUGAUUUACCAUCAAUUAAUUUUGAACAUUUUAUUGAAACAACAAAACAACAAAAUCCAAAUCGUAAACGUGUUUGUAUUAUAACUGAUAAACCUACAAAUAAAAAUUUCUAUGAUCAUACUGAUAAUGUAAGUGAUUUUGUUGAUGGUCAUACAAAUAAACCACUUGUACUUAUUGAAUCAAAUACAAAUAAUUUAAUAAAUUCUAAUGAACAUAAUGGUCUAUUAAAAACUCAAUCAAAUUUACCAACGAAUGAUUUAAAUUAUUAUAAAAAUUUAACUGAUUCACCCGUAUAUACAAGAAAAAAUUCUUCACAAAAACCAACACCACCUAUCCGUAGUUUAUCAUUAAAACCACGACCACCAUUCAUGCAAACAGCAAAUUCUAAAACAUCACCAAUAUGGAAACGAAAAACAUCUUUAACAAUAGCAACACAUGAUAAUGACAUAAAUGAUUAUUUACUUGACAGUCCAAAUCAUUCAUUACUUCAACGUUUAAGUCCAUCGUCAACUACAAGUUCAGAUCGUGAUAAUAUGAGUUUACAAUCAACAAGUAGUGGUUCUAAUUCUUGUUCAUUAUCAAAUAGUCUUGAAAUACAUCAACAACAAACAUUACUUAUUCAACAUCAACCUGUUUUACAUGGACAAGAACGAACGUCGAAUAUAAGAAUUAACGAAACAUAUCGAAGACGUUGCUAUCGUGCUGGACUCAAUAUAUUUAAUAAAAAACCUGAACGUGGUAUUCGUUAUUUAAUAGCACAUCGUUUUCUUGAAGGAAAUCCCCAAGCUGUAGCACGUUUUUUACUUUCACGUAAAGGUUUAAGUCGACAAAUGAUUGGAGAAUAUCUUGGUAAUUUACAAGACUCCUUUGCAAUGCAAGUAUUACAUGCAUUUGUAAAUGAAUUCGAUUUUCAAGAUAUGCCUAUUGAUGUAGCAUUAAGAAAAUUUCAAUCAACUUUUCGAUUACCAGGUGAAGCACAAAAAAUCGAACAAUUGAUGAAAGUAUUUGGACAACGUUAUUCUAUAACAAAUCCAUCAUCGUCACCAUCGAAUGUUGAUACUAUAUUUAUAUUAGCUUUUGCUAUUAUUAUGUUAAAUACUGAUUUACAUAGUCGAAAUAUAAAAUCUGAGAAAAAAAUGCGUUUAGAACAAUUUAUUAAAAAUCUUCGAGCAAUCGAUUAUGGUGAAGAUCUCGAUAUUGAUUAUUUAACUGGUAUUUAUGAACGUAUACGUGCAGAAGAAUUUCGUCCUGAUAGUGAUCAUGUAACACAAGUAGCUAAAUUUGAACAAACACUUAUUGGUAAAAAGCCAACAUUAGUUGCAUCACAUCGUCGACUUGUAUGUUAUUGUCGUUUAUAUGAAAUAUAUGAUUUAUCAAAACGUGAAAGACUUACAGCACAUCAACGUGAAGUAUUUCUUUUCAAUGAUUUACUUGUUAUUACAAAAAUUUCCGGUAAAAAACGUCAACAAUUACAAUAUCAAUAUCGUCAAGCAUUUCGUUUAUCCGGAAUGAAUUUAUAUUUAUUUGAAACUACACAUUAUCAAUAUGGUAUUCGUCUAGUACGUAAACCAGAUAUACAUCAAACAAAUUUAAUAACAUUUAAUGCAAGAAAUGAACAUGAUCGAACAAAAUUUUGUGAAGAUUUAAAAGAAGCUAUUAUGGAAAUGGAUGAAAUGGAAGGUUUACGUAUACAAUCUGAACUUGAUAAAUUACGUGGUUCAUGGAGUUCACUUGCAGAUAUAUCAAAUAAUAAUAAUAGCAAUACUACUAAUAAUAAUGGAAUUAUUUCAUCAUUAAUUGAUUAUCCAACAAAUAAACGUGAUAGACCAUUAUCAAGAACAUUAUCAAAUUCAUUACUUGAUAUGACAUUAACAAUGCCUGUUUCAUCAAUAUUGAAUCAUCAUAAAACAACGAAUAAUAAUAAUACUACUACUACUAAUAAUAAUAAUACAUCGGAUCUUUUGCCAUGUCGAAAUUCUCAAUGUUCAGUUGAUAGUGGAAUGGUUUCAUUGACAAAUGAGUUUUCACCAAAUAAUGGAUUUAAUAUGCGUUUAACAACAACUAAAUAA